GCAGCCUCCAGAGAGCUGUGUAUAGAGUGGUAAGGUGCUACAAGCUCGCGGUGCGUGUGGCGGCCAUACUCAGCCUUCCCGUCUCCUCGCCUGGAGAGCUCCACGACCGUUACGGUAGCAGACGGCAGACUCCACAGGCUGUGCGGGGCGGCUUCAGGCCAGGUCGCUGCUGGGUCAACAACAACAACGUGUGUCGUUGUUUAUUGAUUCCUUUCGAGUUCAUUAACAAGUGCCGUGGAAGAUGUGAGCGACCAUGGUGGAGAAAUGUAGCAAAUUCUCGCCCAUCGUCAAAGCCAGAUCGGAAAUAUGGCGGGAGGACGAGCUGGCCAGGGACUCCAUGCAGUCGUCGCUCGAUGUAUCUCCUCACGCUCAGCAUCCCAGCCACCGGUCGCACUCGGAGGGCGAGCUUGGGGAUACUGCAGGGCGAGUAGUUGUAGGCAACGAACGUGGCCCGCCCGUCACCAUCAACGAACUCGUUCAGCUUUCUCAUAUUGGUAUUCCACGAGAUCAGGUAACAUGGGCACGUGUUACGCUCACUUCUGAUAAGUGGAUUUCAGUGCGUCAUGACAACCAUGAUGACCUCAGCAGUCGAAGGGCAACGGUAACAGUACUGAGCCCUAAGGAAGGGACAAUAUCAUAUGCAGGACAAACUAGUGCUGACUCAGUCUACAUGAACCCUACACAGCCAAUCAUUGCGCUGAAAGCUGGUUUUCGCUUUGAGGCUUUCAAUCUGGACACAAAACUGCUGAUAGGGCGGACACACUUACACGAGCCUGUCUCCUAUUGGACUUGGUUAAACUCAGACAUUAUUGCCAUUGUCACUGACACAGCAGUCUUCCACUGGGAUUUAUGGCAAGGGGAUAGUCCUCCAGAGCGAGUCUUCUUGCGACAUCACCGGCUGGCCUUCAGUGAGAUUGUCAGUUAUAAGGCUGACCCCAGUCUUAAGUGGCUCGCAAUAACAGGUCUGAUCCCCGAGGAUGACCGCAUCUCAGGUGUGACUCAGCUGUACAGUGUUGAAGAGGACAUCACUCAGUGCAUCAGCUCCCAUGCUGUUUGCUUUUCCACAUACAACUUUGCUGACAACCCCCAGCCCUCCACAGUCUUAUGUGUAGCCUCUCGCGAGUCCCAGGACCAUGGCAAGGUGCAUGUCAUAGAGCUGGGCCCAUACAGAGCUGGAAAUUAUGCUCCCCGUAACUGCUAUGACCACAUUCAGUUCCUGGAUGACACUGAGAGAUAUGAUUUUCCUAUCUCUGUUCAGGUGUCAACAGAGUAUGGACUGCUAUUUGUUGUAACCAAGUAUGGGUACUUGUACCUUUGUGACAUGGAGACGGGUAUGUGUCUGUGCUGUACUAGAAUCUCUGCUGACGUCAUUUUCACUUCUACCCUCAACACUGACACACAGGGCAUUCUUGGGGUGACUAGAGCGGGACAGGUAAUCACAGUAGAUCUGAAGAAGGAUGGCUUCAUCUCUUAUCUAAGAGAGACGACAAGAAAAUCCUGUUCUGCCAACCGCCUAGAGAAGGCCAUUUGCCAGUGAUCACUUACAUUUCACACUGUUUUGGCUACAGAGUGUUAUGUUUUGGCCUUCACUAUAACAAUCAGACCUAUACAAUACUGCCUUUAAAUUCUUUCCUACCUGUUAUGAUUUACUAGGGCUACAAACAAAUUUCAGUGUGAUAUCAAAGAAGUGGUAUUGGUGAGUAAUGUUAAUUCUGCUCUUUUUAUUAAAAUCUUAUUUUGCAUGAAGUUUUCAGAAGCUAUGAAGUAUAACCAUACAAGAUUACAAGUUGUCAGAGAGGGCAGUGGUCACUGCGGUUGUAUCUGGAUUGUUUGGAUAUUAAUGUCUGGUGAUCUGCAUGCCUUUUUUGACUGCAAGACAUUUACAUUAUGUUGAGACUCAGGUUUGUUUUUUUUUACCCUGUCUUGUCUCUAUAGUAGUCUAGUAGCUGGGAAAAUCACAGAAACUUGUGCAAAGAUGUUGGAAAAGCUGGUGGUGAUGGUUGGCAAGACAAGACCUCAGCUACUUUAUUUCUCUUAGUUCUUGUAGAUUUGUUACAGGGACUUUGAUUUGUCUGUCAGGCAUAUAUAAUAAGUUAUGUCAGCUGAGUCUUGAUAGGUUUCUUUUUUUUUUUUUAUUUAGUUUACUUCAGCAAUAAGUUGGCUGCAUUUUGUUAAUUAUUACUCUUGAUUCUUCUCUUUAGGUUUGUUUGUUGUUUUUAUUGACAGAUUAAGCUCUUCUUUGCUGAGCAUGGACUGUCUAUAGAUAAAGCUGAUGUAAUUGUGUUAUUUAUAAAUUGCUGCAUACUAACCCCUAGUAUUUGUGAUUGAGGAAACAGUGAUCAUCAGAAGUGGCAUUUUUGUAUAUAGUAAACUGCUCUUUGCUGAUGCAGUCAAACAAGUGUUGACAUAAGUCUGCAUUAAAAAAAACUUGUAAUGUAUAUCUACUGUCUUUGUCUUUGAGUUUUGAUUUUGCUUCUAGACACCAAACCUCUUUGCUGGCUACAGUUUCGUGCACUAGUUGCCAAAAGCUUAUGGGGACACUAGUAUUGAUGUGACCACUGGAAAAUAUGUGUUGUGCACUUAUCUGAUGCUGUUACCUGAAACUGUUAGUGCUAUGUAUGUUGAAGCAGGUGACAAUUAGUACUCUGCUAUCAGUACUAUGCUGUCAGUACUAUGUAUGCAGAAACAGGUGACAAUUACCUAAUGCUGUUAGUGCUGUAUUCAUGAGUGACAAUUAACUGUGCUAUGUAUGCAAAAAGCGAGAGGACAUCUUGCUACAAACGUUUUGAUAAUUCACCGAAUGAGCAGUGUUGUGUAAAACUGGCUGCAUGAAGAUGGUAACACUGUUAUGUCAAGGGGGCAUGGCUAUAGAUUUCUUAACAGUUGUACGUAUCGAAACAUUAUGUGCCUUUUACAUUCUGAUUUUAAUUUUAGAAAAUUAUCUUCUCAGUACGAAUGUGUGUAUUAGGGAUGGGCAGGAGUUUGGGGAGUUACCGGUGUGUGCAGGCUGUCAGUGUUGCACAGACUUGUGUACAUGUAUGUAUCUGCUACCAUAUUGAAAAUGUGACAUUCACAUGUGAUCAAACAUUAUAAAAAAUAAGUUACAAAGAAAUUUAACUGAAAGAAAAAUAGAAAUUAUAAGUUCAAAAUUUACAGAAAUUAUUUUUCUGCCAUAUUUUAUGGUGCGACAUGCUAUGUAAUUAUUACUUAUUGAAUGUAACAGGCAUUAUGACAUUGAUGUCAUGUUAAGAGAUAUAAUGGUAUACAAAACUAUCACGUCUGGUGUUUGUAUUAUUUAGUGCAUAUUACAGAAAGUGUUUAUAAUCAACUUAAUUUAUUACUUAUACAAAGCUUGAGGGAAUCUCUCUUCUCCUUUUCUGCCACAUUGUAGAAGGCUACCAGCUACACGGUUGAUGACGAAGCUAACAUAUCUCAGUAAUUCUUUAAAAAGAAUUCAAAUAGCUUGGGUCCUGAGAAAUGAUAGUAAGCAAAACUUUUAGACGCAAACCAGUUUUGAGCUGACGUAAUGUUUCUAAUGAUUGUUGACUAAAAAGUGCUUUCAGUUUUCUUUAUGCAAAGAGGUAGAAAAUACUAUGUAAUAUUUUGAUGCAUACUACUUUACAGCUCCUGUGAUGUUUAUAAUGAUCACUUACAAAGAAGGUCUGUUUAGUUUUCCUUAUAAGCAAAGCAGAUGAUAUUUUAACAUAAACCAAUUAGGAGCUGAUAUAAAGUUUUUGAUGAUCAUUGUCUAAGAAAUGCUUUUUGUUUUCUCUGCAGUAGAGUUUUCCUAGUAUUAGUAUUGUUACAUUUUUUUUUUCCUGACAGGUGGAAACAGAAGGAAGAAUAUGAUAAGAUGCUCAAGAAAUGAUAAUCUUGUCUGUACGAAAUGUUUCCAAAGUGGAGGCAAGUCUUGGUGAUUUUAGAACACUAUACAAACAAUAUAAACAUUAUGUUUACAUGCUGUUUGAGAGAAGGAAAGCUAUUUGUGCUUGCUUAAAACGGUUGUACCCAGUACAAAGUUAGUCUUUCUGCUUAAAUACGUCCUGUGUACGCAGUGUUAUGCACUGUUACUAUUGUGAACUCGCUGCUGGGUCUAGGCAUUGCCUCCCUUAUUGUGUCGUAUUUGGCCCAUGCUUGCAUCGUCCUUGUAUUUAUAUACAGGAGUGGAUCUUGGAGAUUUGGAAGUCUUUUAUGAUUUGAUUAUUAUGACUUCUGACAAGUAUUUUAUUGUCCUUGAAUGCUUGGACAGUAGUUGCUGCCAGGCCUUUACAUCUGCCGGACCUGGGCACUAAUGCAUGUGUUUAACCCUGAGCAGGGUGCAGUUUUACCCGCUGCUGAGACUCACAAAUCUGAUAUGUCAAGUACCUACUGAAGCAAGCUGUCUCCUGUUGCAGGCACAAUACUCCGAGAUGAUAUUUGAUUCCUGAACUUGAAGUCUGCAGGGCUUUCUAGAGCCUCACCAAGUGCAAUUUUUAUGUUAUGUACCAGAAUGUAUUUUACUGUUGUAUUCAGUCUUGUGUAGUCGUGUCGUUGGUCACAAUAACCUGUACAAGAAAACGAUAUUCAGUACCUUUUAGGUGUAGCUGAACCAUUAUGUCUGGUGUUUAUGAAUAUAUUUAUAGAAAGGUGCAUCUUGCUCAGUAUUUAAUGUUUACAUGUAUGCAUUCACUUACAAAGCCUACUAAAACAGUUUUUAUUUCAA